AGAGACGAGGUUGCUUGUUGGACAACAGCUUGAAGCUUGCCAGUUCGCGCUGGUCCCACUAGUCGGCCUCAGCUACCCAACCUCUCCCGCUCGGCAAGAGGCGAGCGGUGCCAUCGAGCUAGUGCGCGAAGAAGCUGGCUCGAAGGGCUGGACCAGGAGAGCGGAAGGGCCGGAAACGGAGAGUCGGGCCGCGGAAAUCCAAGGGCGAAUCGUAAUCAUGUCGCUGGCUGUCGGCAAAAUUGUCAGGAGGCUGGACAAACGCAUUUUUUCGGUCGCACGUCCUGCUAAAACACCGUAUUUGAUCACCAAUAGACUGUAUUGCAAAACUGAGAAGGCCGAUGGAAAAAACCCGCAUUUCAAAGAAGCAGGCCUCUCCUCUCCAUUCAACCACAAAGUUUCUGAAUGGGAUAAGAAACUGUUGGUGUGGUCAGGCCGCUUCAAGAAAGGAGAAGAUAUACCUCAGGACAUCUCGGCAAAGACGAUGAGUGCAUCAAGGAGCAAGCUUCGUGUGAAGGUAGCCUACUUCGGAAUGGCUAUCCUGCUUGUAGGUUUUGUAUCUGCAGUUUUGCUAGGGAAACAGGACGUUCAAAAAUAUAGAUCACUACGGUAUAUGAACACGAGCGUUGAGCAGAUAGAAGAGGCUGCUGAAAGUGCUUCUGCCAAGCCAUGAUCAAAAAGGUGGUUAGAACUGUUGGUGUGCAAGCUGGUUUUCAUCAUGAAUUGGAAGAGCAACUUGAGAAACAUUUACUUCAUUUUUUCACAUUUCAAAAAGAGAAUUUAUAGUUCAAUGAUACUUCUAAAAUUUUCACCCUUUCUCAUAGAAAGACUCCCAUUUCUGACUAAAACAAAAGCACUUUUUGUUUUUGAAAAGCUGAAUCUCUUCUCUGUAUUAGAAUGUUUCUUUAAAUCCUGGAUGCUGGAUAUGUAUAAAAAAUCUAUGUAACCUGUAAAAUACAUCCUGCUCUAACAAUAAAAGGAUCUAUCCAGGAUACUGAAUUCA